AUGAGUCAAACAGGAAACGUUCUCUUAUGCUGGUAUUCGCUGCUGGUUCUUCUGCUGACUGGUGAAGCGCUGGGUGUGAAUCUGGUGGCGUACAUUUCGCAACGAGGUCUGCAUGGGGAAAUUUCCUUCUCGCAACACAGCGACCGGCAGGUGCAGAUUGCUUCCGAGCUCGAGACAACCCUACAGUACCCCGAGCAGGCCUGGAGCUGGGGUGUUUACCAGCUCCCGGUGGACUAUACGAUCGUCGAUCCGGUCGAACGGUGCCAGGUGGCUCGGCUGGGCGAACAGCUUUGGUCGUUCGACGACGACCUAGGCUACCUGAUGCUGCCCGGGAACGAAUCCACCACCUGGUUGAACGACAUUUCGCUUACGGGUGAGAAGGGGCUGUGGGGAAAAUCGUUGGUACUGUUCGAUCCGGCCGCCGGCGUGCGCAUCUGUGCCACGAUCGGCACACGCGACGGUUCACAGGACCAUCUGGCCGAGGCCCGCUUCACGAGCCCCAUCAGUGGGUCCAUCUACUUCCGGUGGCUGGCGGCCAAGGAGACGAACCACUCGGACACGCUGAUCCAUGCCAACCUGUUCCACACACGGGACCAAUCGCGCAAGAUGGCCAACCCGGCGUACACCGAGCACGUGUGGAAGAUCUACGUGACGGACAUCUUCGAGAGUGACGCGCAGAACGCGGAGGAAAAUUGUAACAAGCUACAGCUGGUGUUCGACCCGCAGAAUCUCGGUACCGGAAGCGCUAUCGGUGACAUCGACGGUCGUGUUGGUCCGCUGCGCAUCAGUACGGACGCGCGGCGGCACAAGUAUCCGCAGCUGUUCAACGAUCAUCAGCUUGUGCUGCUGCCCAGCGAUCUGUACGGGCCUUCCCGCAAGCUGUACGUCGUAGUGUUCGAUCCGAACCAUCCGGAUACGUUUCUAGCGUGCGCCAAGAUUCGCCACCAGAAGCCACGGGUGGCACGCGCCCUUGUCGAUGGUGGUGGGAUGCGCGGGGAUAUCCGAUUCACGCAGCGAUCACGAUUCGAACCCACCUGGAUCAGUGCCAACUUCGCUUCGGCCUCGAACGAUUCAGCGGCAAACGUUGCCUAUGCCAAAGAUGUGUCUAGCUUUAGGAUAACCCAACUGCCACUGGCAGCGUACUCGGCCCCGGACCCAAGCUACUGUUUGACCGCGGGAGACACACACAAUCCGACGGGAGUGGCUGAAAAGGACAAACCUCCGCCCGGAUAUGGUACACAGGAUCAGUACCCGGUUGGUGAUCUUAGCGGGAAGCUGUUGAACCGGAACAAAAAGGAACCGCACAGCUUCUACCUACCUGGAACGAGUGCCGAGCUGUCCGGUGCGUACUGGGAUACGUUCCUUCCCCUACAAGGACCCCAUUCGAUCGUGUUCCGUAGUUUCACCGUGCAGCGAUACAACCGCACACUGCCGACCAACAUUACCGAAAUGCCGUGGGCAUGCAGUACGAUCGCCUUAUACGAGUCAGUCCGUCCGUACCAGAUUCCGAUUGUCACGGCGCAGGUACUUUUCCGCUACCCGAUCGUGGGCCGCAUCCUAUUCCGCCAAGUGAAGGACGAACACUGGACCGAUACGGCCGUCAUAUUCGAGUACCUUAUCCACGCGGACGGUUCGACGGUCAACAACACGGACAUGCACCGGUGGGCCAUAACGGAUGAUCCACCCGGGAAGGAUUUUUAUGACUGGCAGAACCGAUGCGUUAGUACCGGAGGUGUGUACAACCCGUUCAAGGCGGCCCCGCUGGCGGGGAAUGGAUGGGAAGAGGUAUGCACCACCGGGACGCCGGAGCUGUGCCGGCUAGGGGAUCUUUCGAACCGUCUCGGUACGCUCGAGAUCGCUGGCAACAAAAAAGAGUCGGCGCGGAUAAGUAGGAAAAUGUUCGUCGAUCAGAACUUGCCGCUGAGUGGCUACGCCAGUAUUGUUGGCCGAUCGGUGGUGAUUUACGGUGACAGUGGGCCACUGGCGCGUGGAGAACGUUUGGCAUGUUCGCUAAUCGGAGGCUAUCAUAGGCGGAAGGUGGUCGCAAGGGAUUGGUACUCGAACGGGGAUCCACUGACGAUCAAGGGAAAGCUCGAAAUGGUUCAACAGUCGGAGUACGAUCUGACCAACGUCGAGGUAGAUUUCAAAGGACUCGACAAAAACAGUGGCUACCAUGUGCAUAUAGCUCCGGUUGAGGGGGACUUGGAAUUUCCCUGCGAGGACUCGACGGUGUACGGUCACUGGAAUCCACGGAACAUCAAUCCGAAGCAGUCGCCUCCACCGGCCCAGGGCAGUACGGAUGAGUACGAGUUGGGGGACUUGAGUGGCAAGUUUGGAACGCUCGAUGAGCUCUCGAUGUACGAGGAGUCAUACAACGACACCAGGCUACCGCUGUUUGGCUAUGAGAGUGUCAUCGGAAGAUCGAUAGUGGUGCACAAGAAGGAGCGCAAUCGGCGGUGGGCUUGCAGCACACUGGAGCGUGGUUAUAGCCCUAGCGAGGCGAGGGAGAUUCGUGCGAUCGCGUCCUUCCAUCAUCCUGCCGGGUAUGCGUACGGGUACAUCCGGAUGACGCAGCUCAUUGGGAAUGAUAACAGCCAGAGCGAUACCAUCAUCGAGGUGAAGCUGCGCUACCCGGGACAGCACGACCGGAACGUAACCCACAACCAUAGCUGGAACGUGUGGGUGAACCCUGUCGGGGUGGAUGCAACCGUGAAGCAGGUGGAGACACGCUGCGUCGCGGCCGGUUACGUGUGGAAUCCCUACUAUACCCAGCUGGCGGACCCUUUGAACCAAGACCUGUACAGGCAAGAGUGCGGCCCGGACAAUCCGCUCCGCUGCUAUGUGGGAGAUGUUUCUGCCCGGCUGGGACCUAUAUCGAUCGGCAGCCGGCGGCAAGUGUUUACCGACAGCAAUUUUCCGCUGGAAGGCACGGUGAGUGCGCUUGGCCGAUCGAUUGUCAUCUUUGGGGCAGACUUUGCCGGCACCCGGUUCGCCUGCGCACCCAUCGAACCGGACCACGACAUCGUGAAGUACAUCAACUUGAAGAAACCCCCUCGGUUCGUGGUGGCCCAGUUCCUCGAGGACGUCCGGCAUGUGAUGGGACUGCCCGAGUGGAUGUUGGCGAUCGACUCGCGAAGCACGAAAUCGCUGCACAAUGAUGCCUGCAUUCAGAUGAUCGUGCACUUCAAGGGCCCCAGUGCGCACCGUAUCGAGCAGGACUUUUCGCGUCUGCUGGCCGUCGGGCGGCUCGACUCGCCGAGCAUCUACAUUCCCGGGUACGACAACAGUAAGCGCCGUAAGACGCUGUCCUAUCGGACCUGCGGUGUGCGCGAUCCGAAUGAUAAGAAGACGGCAAAGGUGUUCUUUGGCAGCGGUUCCGCUAAGCCGUCGCAAACGAUUAGCUCAGUGUUGACGAUCGUGUUACCAUUUUUGAUAUUUAUGAAACCAUUUAUGAUUUAAGCGGUUGUUCGAUGCACGUUUAACGUGACAUCCAUCCAUCUGUGGUUCCUGAAGAGUUUCUUUGAAUAAUUGCUAUCAUUACUAAAUAACGUUACGUUCUAUAUGUUCUGAACGACAAAGAAGAGUCUCAA